AUGGCACAGUCAAGGUGUCUGGCCCUGAGAAGUCUCGUUACAAGUACAGCAAAUGCACAAUAUGCCAACAUGGGACUGGAUGGUCACGAAAUCGGUGUUCCGUACGUGAAUAUGGAGCCGAGAGACGAUGUUGUUUACAAGCAGGAGCAAACAGUCCAAGAAUUGCCUUUUCCCCUGGCCGUUCAUCAAAGCAGGCGGCCGUGUCGUCGAACAAGGCCGCCAACGCGAAUCACCACCACCGUCACCGGCUGCGUCCUGCCGUCAGCUCCGAUGGCGGACCACAACCACGACGCCAGCACCCCGUGCUCGAGCACCACCAGCACCAGCAGCCUGGACAGGAAGACGCAGCCCGUCGUCGUCCAACUAACGCGCGUCGCUGCCGCCGCUGCCGCCGCUGCCGCCUCUUCAACCCAAGCAGCCGGCGACUUGUCCUCCUACCUCGCCCUGAAGUCGUGCACCCACGAAACAUGA